UUAAUUGAUAUGGAUGAUGUGUGUCAAGUUGUCGUGAAAGUAAAAGGAAAAGAGCAGAAGUGUGGAAUGGAGUAUACUCACGAUGGGUCAACGUCUAACAUGAUUGCUCAUCUGCGUUCAGUUUACAACAUUGUAGAUGAUAAUCAUUUACUUAUUUUUGAAUCAAUUGAUACUGAAGUAUAUAGUGAAGAUGAAGAACCCGGUGAAGUUGAUAAUGGAAAUUUAAUAGAGCAACCGAAU